GACGGAGAAAGCCAAGAGGAGGCGCAGAAAUGUGAGAAUGGCUCCAAGAAGCUGUCUGAGCUGCCUCUUCUGAUGUUUUAUUUUUUAAUUUUUUAACCUUUGUGUCCUCUUUUACCUCACUAUAACGUGUUAAGACCUGGAAAAUACAACUAUUCCAUUUGAUUCCCUGCUUCCCUGCUUGUAAAUAAAGCAACACCAUAACAUCAAUAUUCUAUAAAAAAGACCAGAUUGUCAAAGUUCCCAAGGUGACAGUGAUGCAUUUAGCCAAAAUUAACAUGUAAUUUAAUUUACCAGUCCAAGCAACAGUAUUGUUCAUUGAAAAGCUACAGAAGUACAGGAGGAUGAGUGCCGAAGCAGCAGACCGGGUGGCUGCUGCCAUCGGCAGUCGGCCAGGCACUCCUCUGCAGACAUCCUGGUUCGAGUUCCUCUUGGAUGUCAGUUUACUAGAGAAGCACCUUCAGAAAUCAAACCCAGAUCCGACACCAGUGCAGCUGAUCAUUCAAUUUCUGGAGCAGGCUUCGAAGCCCUCUGUGAACGAGCAGAAUCAGGUGCAGCCUCCAGUAGACAACCGCAGGAAUCGUACCCUGAAACUUCUCGCUCUCAAAGUCGCUGCACACAUGAAGUGGGAUCUGGAUUUGCUUGAGAAAGGUUUGACCAUUCCAGUAUUAAAUAUGUUACUGAAUGAGCUCCUGUGUGUGAGCAAAGUGCCACCAGGGGUGAAACAUGUGGACCUGGACCUGUCCACCCUGCCUCCGACUACUGCCAUGGCUGUCAUCAUCUACAACCGCUGGGCCAUUAGGACCAUCGUGCUGAGCAGCUUUCCAGAGAAACAGACCAAACCAGGACCUCAUCAGAUGAACAUGUUGAAUAUUGUGCAGCAGGAGAAAGAAAUGACAGAAAACAUCCUCACUGUGCUUAAAGAGCAAGCCAACGAUUCCAUCAGUGUCCUGGAAGGAGCUCUGCGGCUGAAGAAAGACUUCUACGUCCACACGCUGAGGACUCUGGACCUGCUGGCCUCCGACGCUGCCGCUAACGGAGAAACCGAGUCCUCCACUGCGGGGCUUCGUAUCAGUGCCGACGAGUUACACUGUCAGGUGCAUUAUGACUUGGGAGGUAUUUUCUUCCAGCAAGGCUGCACAGACCAGACAGCCUAUGAGAAAGCCCGGGACCACUUCAGGCAGACCAAUGAACUCUUAAAGAAGCUGGACUCAACUGUCCACGUUCACCUGGAUGAGAAGCGUCUGGCUGGUUACUGGAACGCCUGCAAAGCUUUGACCGGAGACUGCGGCUCCUCCGACCCUCAGACGACCCCCUACGACCACAUCAACAGCCUGAUCCGGGCGUACAACUAUCAGGCCGUCAUCGAAGCUUUCAUCAAAGACAAUGUGUCCCGGAGUUUGCCAAAUCACUUCAGACGCUCUGUUCUCAGGGAGUUCAUGUACAAAGUUCAACAAGGGGAAUCGAGCCUCGACGAGGUUUGUCACAAACUGUGUGUUUGUAACGCCAUCCGGGACGCUCUGGAAGGAGAAGUCCUCGGCGUGCGUUUCCAGCAGCUGCUUCUAAAACCCAGUAAACGAAUGGUGGACUUCAUUUUAGAGGUGUGCACCCGAUCACUGGAAAAAGAUCGACCUGCUGAGACGUCCAGGAGAAACAUGGCCAUCUUUAUGAAGACUCUGUGUGAGAGCUUGGAGGACCUGUCUCUGGUCUUCGUGGUGUCGUCACAUAAACUCUUCAUGGAGCUGCUGAAAGAAGAGGAGCGGAAGUUGCUGGUGGAGCAGAUGAGGAAGAGGUCGGCCACCGUCAACCUCAGCGCCAAGCCCCUGCCUUCUUUUUACGACAUUCCAGCCUCGGCCAGUGUGAACAUCGGGCAGCUGGAGCAGCAACUCAUCCUCUUGCUGGAGCCACGGCGGAUCAGACAGAUCCUCAUUGAACUGCACGGCAUGGCCGAACGACCCUUCUGGAGGGUCAACAGCAAGUGGGAGGUUCCUCCAGACUACAUCAAUGUGAUUCUUGGCAUCAAAGACAACCUGACUAAAGACCUGGUUUACAUCCUCAUGGCUAAAGGACUCCACUGCAUAUCGAUAAAGGACUUCGCACACGCCCGGCAGCUUUUCUCGGCCUGCCUGGAGCUCGUCACCGAGUUCUCCCCGAAGCUCCGGCAGGUGAUGCUGAACGAGAUGCUGCUGCUGGAAGUGCGAGCGCACGAGAGCAUGGCAGCCGAGGGCAGCAAGGAGCGGCCGCCCCCGGACCUGGUCAGCAGGGUCAGAGGUUACCUGGAGAUGAGGAUUCACGAUCUGCCCCUGCGCCAGGUGGUGGGAGAGGAGUGUGUGGCCUUCAUGCUCAACUGGAGGGAGAACGACUACCUGACCCUGCAGGUUCCUCCGUCACUGGUCAUGAACAACCCCUACAUCAAGCUCGGCCAGCUUCUGGCCUCCACCUGUAAAGAGCUUCCAGGUCCGAAAGAGAGCCGGCGCACCGCCAAAGAGCUGUGGGACGUGGUGGUCCAAAUCUGCAGCGUCUCCAUCCAGCACAAGAGGAACAGCGACGGCCGGGUGGGCCUCAUAAAGCACAGAGAGUCGUCCAUGGGCAUCCUCCACCGGAGUAAAUUCAUCACCUUCGUUAAGAAACUCAGAGAGCCGCUGGUCCUGACGACCCUGAUCUCUCUGUUUGUGAGGCUCCACAGCAUCGUGCGGGAUGACAUUGUUAAUGAAGUGACGGCAGAACACCUCUCCAUCUGGCCGUCCUCGCUUCCAAACAUUCAGGCGGUGGAUGUGGAAGCCGUGGCUGUAACUGUCAAAGAGCUGGUGUCCUACGCUCUCACUCUGAACCCAAACAACCAGUCGUGGCUCAUCACUCAGGCCGACAUCUACUUUGUGACCAAUCAGUACUCUGCUGCGCUCAACCUGUACCUGCAGGCCGGAGCCGUGUGCUCAGACUUCUUCACUAAAGCCGUUUCCCCUGAUGUCUACACAGACCAGGUGCUCAAGAGGAUGAUCAAGUGUUGUUCAAUGAUGAACUGCCACACACAGGUUGCAGUUCUGUGUCAGUUUCUGCGAGAGGUGGACUACAUGACGGCGUUUAAAGCUCUCCAGGAGCCCAACAGUCACGAUGCCAUGGACUCUUUCUACGACUACAUCUGGGACGUCACCAUCCUGGAGUAUCUCACUCAUAUUCACCACAAACGAGGCGAGACCGAGAAGAGGCAGAUAGCGAUCAAAGCGAUCGGCCAGACGGAGCUGAACACCAGCAACCCGGAGGAGGUGCUGCAGCUGGCUGCACAGAAGAGAAAGAAGAGAUUCCUGCAGGCCAUGGCCAAACUUUAUUUCUAA